AUGGUUGCUGUUGUGUUUGGAUCUGCUGGAAGGUUUGGACCGACGACGUCUUGUGAUCUGUGGAGACUCGAACCUGGUGAUCCGUUCCUGAUCAUCGCCAUGGAUCACAUACCUUCGUUGCCUAGAUCCUUCAAUGGCAACACAGAGUUGUUGAUCUUCGUAGAUCUAUUCUCUGGUUAUGUGAUCGCCAAGACCAGCGCCUCUAGAUCCGCACAAAAUAUCGCUGAGGCUUACGAAGAAUGCGUUUUCCGCAGAUUUGGUGCGAGCGAGUCCUUCAACAAGAUCUUGGGUCAAUCCCAACGUGCUACUGUGGCUUACGGGCCCCAAGCUAAUAGAUCCGCAGAGCGUAUGGUCCAGACGGCCAUCAGGGCUCUUAAGAUUUACGUGCAGGACCUGGAUCAACACGAUUGG